GAGACAGACCGAGCGAGAGAGAAAGCUGUAGCACGCAGUGGAUGUGAGAACCGGAGUGCCUCCCCAUCCCUCCCUCCAAUUCUUUCAUCAACAGAUGAGCCCACCUGUUUCCCUCCUAAACCUCUCUCUCUCUCUCACACCAUCUCUCCCUCUCACACUCUUUUUCUCACCCUCUCCCUCUCUCUGGUCUGCUGUCUGUCCUCACAUCCUGUGGAUCUUCGUGAAGCCGAUGAGUGAGUUUCUCUCGGGGAGGAGGAAGGAGAGAGAGGGGGCGGCGUGUAUGAUGUUGUGUAUCUGCAUUCUGGCUGCGACUGUGCCUUCCAUUCGCACUUAAUCUGUCAAGAUUUCUCCCCUCCUUGCACAUGAGAUCGGUGCAGAAGUAUACUGGCACUGUUGGGUAGAGAGAGAGCAAGAGAAAACGGAGAGACAGAAGGAGAGAGAGAGCAAGAGAGAGAGGGAGAGAGCGGCGGUGUGUGCCUCAGACUGCGCAGUGAUGCCUUGGCAGCUUCGGGAACCAGGCGCGCGUUCGUUUCAGUAAUCUCCUCUUCUUCCUUCUUCCAGGCUUCGAACGAGGAGAUGCAGACCAUAAGGAUCUCCAGCGGUCUGUCAGGGCUGCAUGGGAAACGUAACCUCAGACUCAAGCAGGAAUAAGUGGAAUCCCUGUUAGGGAGCGGAGAAUUUAUACACAGACCUUCAUGAGAGGUGGCCUACUGCGAAAAACCAUGAAAAAGAUAUAUAUUGGGAAAACAGCCCUUAAAACCUCUCGAAAUGGUUGUAAACAUCAGAAAAAGAGCUCUCUGCAGGAACAGAAGGAAGACCUGCGCAAGCGUCUCUCUUACACCACACAUAAGCUGGAGCUGUUAGAGCGUGAGUUUGACUCCACGAGGCAGUACCUGGAAACCGAGCUGCGCCGAGCCCAGGAGGAGCUUGACAAGUUCACCGACAAAUUACGCCGAAUACAGAGCAGUUACUCAGCACUGCAGAGGAUCAACCAGGACUUAGAGGAUAAAAUCCACCGAAAUUCACAGCACCACGAUGAUGAGAAACGGGCUCUUAGCAGAGAAAUCAUCGUUCUUAACAAUCAUCUCAUGGAAGCUAAGAUGACCAUUGAGAAACUGAGAGAGGACAAUGACCUAUACAGGAAAGACUGUAACCUGGCUGCACAGCUCUUGCAGUGUAACAAGUCACACUACAGAGCCCAGUUAUCUGAGUUGCCUGCAGAGUUUCAGGAGCGUGUAAGCUUGCACAUGGAGGGUUCUUCCCUCUGCCAUUCCCCAUAUGCCGACACAGUGCCUGCCUCUGUCAUUGCUAAGGUCCUGGAGAAACCAGACGAGGUCUGCAGCAGUCAAGCCUCUCGCUCACCCAGCCCACAACCCCAGGAACGCCAGGGCUUCCUCGUGGGCACCAGCCUUGUGGGUAGCACUGAGCGCCUUGGCCUCCGAGCUACUUACAAGUCAGACCUGUAUAGCAGUGACACAGCACUUUAUUGCCCUGACGAGCGAAGACGAGAGCGCAGACCCAGCAUGGACCUCCAUGGACAGCGGACGGUGUAUGAACCCCAGAAUUCCACUGAUAGCAACCCAGAAGAGGGAUCCAUGUCUCUGCAGCCUGGCUUCUCGCAGGAGCACUUCCGAAAGUUUACAACCUCUCUUGGAGGAGGCUCUAGUUCUUACUCCAGCUUUAGCGGAGGAGGGUCAGAGGACAAGGGGCAGGAUCCUCCGAGCAGUGCUGCAUCUUCUCCACGCCACCAUGCCCUUUACAUGGACUGGAGGGAUGGGGGUGAAUAUGAGCACAAGAGCGACUCUUCCUGGGAGAGGGAGAGUCCAAGCGCCUUCUCCAAGGCCCAUACUUUUCAACCGCCUGAGUCCAGCCACCAUCAGAAUGGUAGCUCACCUAUCUACAGCAGAACAAUGUCCUCCUGUUACAGUGAACCUUACGAGCCCCUGCCGCCUUCCACUUCCCCCAGUAUCACCUAUGGUGACAGCCGCCGCGGAAGCGCUUUUGCUCCUGAGGAAGAAGAGCUGAUUGGUCGGUGGAGGCAACUGAGUGUGGAGGAUCUAAGUGCCCACUCAUACCGCAGUCCUGGGCGGGCCUCACCCUACAGCUUCUCUGAGCAGCACUUCUCUGUCCGGCCCGCAAAGAUUCGCCUUGGUCCUCUCUACAGUAGCUUCCAGGAGGGUACUGAUGUAUACCACCAUCAUGCCGGGGUACUAGAUCCCUUCUCCAGCCCCAGCCCUGAUUGCAGCCCAGGCCUACGGCAGCAGCAAAGCCAACCUCACCUGUACCGCUCCAAGGAGGAUAGCCAAGAGUCCGAGCACAGCCUCUACAGCCCCAAGGAUGGUACGGUGGCAGCUGGGGGCCAGGCAACGGAGUACGUUGACGUAAGUCCCAACAGUUCAAAUGAGUCACUGGACCAUGGAUCUCUGGAGAUGGCUGCCGAGCUGCAGCAUUACCAACCCGAGAGGCACAGUGUGUCCCCUCAGGGAACCACCCCACCACCUCCUCCACAACAACCGUACCAAAAAUUUGGCACACUAGGGCUGUCACGUAAGGACAGUCUCACUAAGGCACAGCUCUAUGGUACUCUACUAAACUAAGAGCAGAGUUUCCUGGUUACUCUCUUUUACAGCUCUGUGGUACUCUACUAAUCUAAGAGCAGAGUUUCCUGGUUACUCUCUGUUACAGCUCUGUGGUACUCUACUAAACUAAGAGCAGAGUUUCCUGGUUACUCCCUUUUACAGCUCUGUGGUACUCUACUAAACUAAGAGCAGAGUUUCCUGGUUACUCCCUUUUACAGCUCUGUGGUACUUUACUCAACUAAGAGCGGGGUUUCCGGGUUACUCUCUUUUGUCAGUAGGUUUUGAAUGUUAAGCUACAGUUUGAGCCAAACACAUGAUGGGAUUUUCUUUUGAAUAUUUUCAAUCCAUCAGCUCUCUUAUCUUUUUUCUCUCUAUUUCUGUAUCUGUUACAGUGUUUUCUAAACAUUGAACAUGAAUUGCUCAUGUUUCUACAGUUGAUAUGAAGCUCUAACACUCAGCACUAUUUGUAUAGCCUAUUUUGAAAGUUUAUUAAUGGUUCUGUGUGGUUUGUGAGAAAGUAUUUUAAGUGCAUUAGGUGCAUUAUGAAUCUUUGGAAACUUGUCUGCAAAGAGAAAGAGAGAGAGAUUUACUUUGUUUUACCAAAAGCCUUCUGGGCUCGUAAGGGUUUGUGAACGGACAGCACAUGCUAUGUAAAAAGAAAUGCUAAUUUUGACAAGAAAUUUGAUCUUUUAUGAUAUAAUUUAUGAAUAGCUGUAUUUAUUGUUAAGUAUGCUAUAUCUAUAAUUGUUUAAUAAAUGUAACACUAUGGAGAGAUUCAAAAAUCUAUAUAAUUGUAAAUUGUUUAUAUUGCUAUAAAUAAGGCAAUCAGCACAAUUAUACACGCUGCAAACAAUUAAACAUGCCUCAAAUGUUCAAAAGUUAAGUCAUGAUAACAAUUUGAGAUUUCACUACAACGUACUGACGGACCGCUCCACAGGUUUGCGACCUUGUGAAAAUAUUUUUGAGAAUAAACUCUGCAUGGAUUCAUAAUACCCUAGGUCAGCCCUUCAAGAUCAAGUCUCAACCAAAGUGAUACUUCCAAUCUAUUUCAAGUAGAUUUGAUACUACUCAAAUCUAUUGCAUCAUCAAAAAAGUACAAUAUCUUGAAAGCACUGGGCAUUUUUUAAACUACUGAUGUGUUUUGUUGGGCGAUGGAAUUUCUGAGGUGAUUGUUCUUUUCAAUGUUUUCUCUCUUUUGUUCCUCAGUGCUGUAAGCCCCUCCCUCAGGCCCUCUCUACCUCACGAUUCAAUCCCUCUCUUCUUUCUUAAUCAGCUGGGAUCCUGUGUCAGUUGACACAAUGAUGCAUGACUCUGUUUCUUCUGUUUUGCUUUCUAUAUCUAAUAAAGCACAAUAGUUGCACCAUGUCCGUCUCUUUAACUGCUUCU